AGGACCUGAUGGAGGAGCAGGGCCUGGUCAAGCCCCGCCCACGCCCCAAAUCCCGGAGGAACAGACCCAAGUCGCUGCACCGCGAGGACUCCAGCAGCCUCUCCAAAGGAUCCGCCACCCCAGAUCUGAGCUGCAGCCAUCGAGGGUCGACGCUGUCUCUGGCCACGGAGGUGGACAGCAUCCUGUCCAGGGAGGCUGAGUCACACAGGGCUGAGUCGGUCUGCUCCAUGGAGUCGUUCCCCCUGCUGAGCAGGGCGUCCGGCAGGAACAUGGAGCGGGACUGGGAGAACGGCUCCAUCGCUUCGUCCAUCACGUCCAUCGAGUACGACGGUCCAAAACUCUUCAAGGAACCGAGCGCCAAGUCCAACAAGCCAAUCAUCGUCAACGCCAUCGCUCACUGCUGCCUGGCUGGGAAGGUGAACGGGGUCCAGAAGAACGUCAUCCUGGAGGAGCUGGAGAAGUGCGAGUCCAAUCACCUGAUCAUCCUCUUCCGGGAUGGCGGCUGCCAGUUCCGCGCCGUCUACUCCUACUCGCCGGUGCUGUGGACCCGGAGAGGCUGCGUUCGGCCCUGAAUGUCUUCAAUCAUCUGAU